CGUCUGAUUCGGAGGACGUUGUUAGUCCUCGAAGAGCUCUAAUUGAGCUCUACGUUGACUCGAGACAGUACUCAAUUUCCUUUGCACCGCUUCAUUGAGCUCCAAGCCCUCGAGGUAAAGACACUCACUCACUAUGGGAUGCUGCUCAUCCAAGCCGACUCCGGGCAAGGAACGCACUGCCACGACGCCUGAAGUUGCCACUAUCGAGCCACCUACAGUGAGCGUUGAUCAAGUGAAGCCGAUAGUAAUCGACAAUGCAGUGGAAGACAUGCACAUGGACUGCGACAACGAAAAGGAAAAGUCGGAUGAUGAGGAGCCACAGCCUGAAGAUGACGAGCCUGCGCUACUGGGAAAGGAUGACACCAAACUGGACGAAGUGCUAGUACAUGUACGUAGUCCAGAAAGAGCAGUGCCCGUGCAGUCACCUCCGUCUCCACCGCCGCAGAAACUUUCCCAGAGUGCCGAUGACAUCCCGAUCUCGUCCACGUAUCACCGCGUACACAGUGCCGAAGUUGCCGAGCAAGAGAAGAAGUGGCAGGAAGAACUGCGACUGCAAGCUGAACAGCGCGAGCGUGAAGUGCGAGAGUACAAGGCUGCCAUGCAGAUUUCUUAGUGUCGUAGUAGCGUUAGGAGCUUGCUUAUUUAUCAACGAAAUGAAGGCCGUGUUGUGCGUUUCCCGGUCAUUUCCCAUGCUGUCC